UUCUGCACAAUUGCCUAAUGCAUACAGACAUAAUUUAUAUUCCCACAAAAUGAGAAAGAAAAUUGUGUGUUGAAGUUCAACAAGCUCGCAUAAUUUCCUUUAUCGAUGAAACAUGGAAGAGACUUCAUAAUGCGUAGUGUAAUUUCAGUAUAAUGGAAAGAAAAGACCGUAAUACCUAUAUGACAAACUAUGUCAGACUGUGUUUUGUUGCUCAGUAUGAAAACCGAAAUCUUCUGGAAGAGCUGUUAAAAAAUCAGUUAAGUUUAGGUCAUACGCUCCAACUUAAACGUAUAAACAGUGUUUUUAAAUUUGAAGAAGCUGAACUUAUACGUGAAUGUUUUGAACUCAACUGUUUUGACAAAUUAGACCUGUGUUUACUAUACUUGCUGAUUAAAAAAUUACAAUUAGUUGAGCCGACAUUUAGAAGGUGGUCUGCCAACUCAUAUCCGAAAGUUUUAACAAUCGAAGAUGGCGUUGAACUGAUAUACCAAAAGUAUAAUUUAAUUUUGCAUUCGGGGAAAACUACGUUUACCAAUGAAGAAGUAAGGGAACUAUUUUCAAUAUUUAAUGAUAUUGCCAUAACAUUUGAUCAUUUCUGCAUGUCCAAUACAGGAAAUAAAAGUGUCACGAGAUAUGUUGAAACAUGUUGUGUUGAUUACGAGAUGCGCUCGAGGUACAGAAAUCAUUUGCAUGUCCUGGAAAUGAAUUUAAAAGAAACGAAAGGACCAAGAUAUUAUCCACUUAUGUAUGGAAGAGAAGAGUUCCAGUUAUCGCCCGAAAUUACGAACUACAUGAGAGUUAUAUAUGCGAUUCAAGUAGAACUUGCUGGUGAAGUCCGUAAAUAUAUCGCUUCACGACUGCCGCCUGAAUUUUUUUUUAGGGAAAUGAUCAAAUCGAAAUUGUUUGAUGAAUUACCAUUAAAUAUUAAAUAUAUCGUAGGACAAUGUCAUCAUCAAGGAUACAAGCAUUUCAGUUUAUAUUUGAUAAGAUUGCUCAUAAUAAAUACAUUUUUUAGUUUUGAAACUUUUGAUAUAAAUUGGAUUCUGACAGAACGACAUAAAAUUAUAUAUAGAGGAAAUGCAGGUUUGACAGAUAUAGAAAUGAGAAAAAGUUUCUCAGUUCUUACACAAAUAGCAAAGGAUUUGGAACUUGAGAUGGAAGCACCUCAUGACAGUAUCGUGGCCAAGUUGGAAUACUAUAAAACCUGUUGUAUGGAUGAACGAACAUUCGAAUGGUUUAAAGAAGGCCUUACAUAUAUAGCAGGAAAGGAACAACAAUUUGGAACAUUUAGAAAUAACCCAGAGUCUACCCCACGAUAUUGGUAUCUUCCACCUGGGCAUGACCUAGAACAUCUGCAAUAUCCUGAGUCAAGAUACACACUGAUUGGCUACGCUUUCGAAGAUACCUUAUCAACGAUUCUUCGAGAAUUACUUCAUCAAAUUGUUCCACCUGUAGUAAUUUUCAACUGGAUUGUUUUGACGGACCAUUUAGUCAGAUAUUUUAAUGCAACAGAAUAUCUCAAGUUUCUCGAAGGUCAGGAGAAUGGAUACACAGAUUUUGACACAAUGCUUCUAUCAUCUGUUUUGCUCAAGCUGCAGAAAAAAGAAGUGGAUGCAAAAGUUUUGGAAGCAAUUAAGAAAACUAAACAGGAACUCCUAUGUAGAAGAAACAAGGAACUGACUGAUACAGAAACGAUGUACUAUUUCAGUGUUUUUAAAGAUGUAGCAAGACUGCUUGAUAGAAUUCUGUUAAGCCCAAAACAGAAAUGUGUCGCAUUAGUUGAACAACUAGAAAACAUGUUAACUGAGGGUGAACAGCUCAAACAUUUUUUUGCCAGUCUUUUGAAAAAGAAAAGUCAGAAACCAGUCUGGAUGGAGAAAGGCAGAUUUGGAAAAACUCCUUCAUUAUUGGACUCAAGAGAAUUUUAUGAACUGUUGGAACAUGGCUACUACGAUUCCUACGAAAAUCGAAUAUAUCUUGGAGGUCCUUGUAAUGCGGGGAAGACAAGUCUGGCAUGUGUUUUAACUGGAGACGAAGUACCAGAUAAAUGGAUAUCAACAAAUGGGUUACAGAUAUACUUUGGACAAAAUGGAAUUCAUCUAAAAGACAAGAAAAUGAUUCAAAUACGAAAAGGCAUGCUGUGCCACACAGUUCAUGGUAAAGUCAUAGCUGCAAUAAAAAACAUACAAAAAGAAGACGUAGCAUCCAAAACAGAGGUCAAUAAAGUCGAAAAGAAAGAAAUGGUUGCACAAUCCUUUGCAAUACCUGAAUUUGAAGACGAUAUUCUGAAUGACGAAUGGUUCCAUUUGAAACAAACGUUAAAAGACAAUAUCAAAAAAGACGAAAUUUUAGGAAAUGACUUAGAUAAAGACAAAACACAACAAAUGAGAUAUGGAAGUAGACAUAUGAAAUCAAACUUUGACAGGAGAGAUAUGUUUGAUAGUACACUUCAACUGAUAAAAACACCAACAUUAAAUAUAAAUGAAAUUGAAGAAUUGGGAAGUCCUGCAGCAAAAGAAAAGGAAACAGAAAACUCAUAUCCUGAGUAUUUGAAAGUACUUACCUAUGAAGCAUCUGCUUUAUCAAAUACGUCAAAUGUGCUUCAAGAAGAUGACUUACGAAAAAGUAUACUGGAUGAAAUACGGAGUGGAGAAUAUAAUCUAGAGAUAGCACCAUCGGACUUGGUAGAUUUUGGCGGCCAGAAAGCUUUUGACAUGACACAUCAGCUAUUCAUUUUGCAAGAAGGUACCGUUCUGCUGCUAUUUGAUGGAAGUAAAGAUCUGGAUGAACCAUUGCCGGAAUACCCUGGAAAAAAAAUUUCAUCAGCAGACAUUCUACUGCACUGGGUUAAUUCAGUCUCCACAUACUGUACAGAAGAUAGUGGAAUGCAGAGAAUUCAGUUCGUAGCUACUCAUAGAGAUAGAUAUAAGAAUAAUUAUGAGAUUAGACGGACAGAGCUUGUAGCGCAACUUACAGCAACUUUCAAAGAACACGAAAACAUAUCGUAUCUUUUUUUAGACAAUUUGUUUUUCAUUGAUGCUAGAAAAAAUGAUGACAACGAAAUAGAUAAACUAAAAGACAAGCUUGUUCAAAUAGCCUUUUCCCAGAGUUCUUGGGGAAUGAAGAUGCCAUUGAUAUGGGUUCCCUUGGAAAAGCAAAUAAUGGAUUUGAAACUUCGAGGCACCAGUAUUCUUAGAAUAGAGGAGAUUCAGAAACUGAACAGAUUAAAUGAAGAUUUAAUGAUGGAUGACGAAAAGCUGAAUUUUUUCCUAAGGACACAGCAUGCCAUUGGAAAAUUAAUCUUCUUUGAUCAAGAUGAGUUGUCAAAAUGUGUUAUCAUAGAGCCUAGCGUUCUGGUAAAUGCCUUACGAUCUUUCGUUACUGAUGAGAUGUUUUUUCCUACAAAUAAUACGGAGUAUCACAGAAUUCUUAAAAAAUUGCAAGAAGACGGAAUGCUGAAGAAGACUGAUUUGAUGAAGUUAUGGAACCAAGACGAGUUCCAAGCAAUUUUUCAGAACCAGGAAUUUAAAGAUUUCCUUGUGAAGAUACUUCUUCACUUGGAUGUUCUUGUUGAACCAAAGCUAGUUAAUCAGGAUGUCAAUGUCCCCCCAGAAUACUAUAUCAUCCCAUGUAUGAUUCAGACUAGACUAAACAAUGACUACGCCGAGAAAUAUUUGAAUAGAAACAAAAGUAUAUGUAUGGCAUAUGAUUUCAAAAUACAAUUGGUUCCACCAUGUGUUUUAUUUCGACUUAUUGCCUCUGCUCUCGGAAUAUGGCCACUUAAAGUGUAUCAAGGAAGAAAAAUGAUUUUCCAAGACAUUGCCACUUUUGUAUUUGACGAAAAGAAUGAGUUUUCAAUCAUUAUGCAAGGAAGGAAAAUUAUUAUUUAUUUUACAAAUUUAAAUUCCGUACGAAAUAUUCAAUCUCCAAAUGUGGCAAGUGUCCAGGAAUGCUUAACAAUUGCAAUGAUAUCGAUUUCCGAAUUUUAUCAACUUAAUUCAAGAAAACUUGAUGCUUUAAACAGGGCAAUAUUUGAAAAACAAUUUGAGCUUGAAUAUGGUGCAGCCUGUAAAAGACCUUGCUUCGUGAAAAGGAGUGAAGAACUCAAGCUGUCAAAAGCUGGUAUGUGGAAAUGUCAACAUAGUCAGUUUCAUGAGUUUGAUUUCCUAUUGUACUGGGAUUCAAAGCAGACCCAGAAAAACGCACAGAAAAGUUUCAAGAGUAAGUAA